AUGGACCGGGUCGCCCCGGGCAGCGGCGCCAGCUCCCUGCCACUGCUCCUGGCCCUUGCCCUGGGUCUAGUGAUCCUCCAGUGUGUGGUGGCAGAUGGGAAUUCAACCAGCAGUCCUGAAACUGAUGUUCUUCUCUGUGGAGAUCCUGAGGAAAAUUGUGCAGCUACCACCACACAAUCAAAGCGGAAAGGCCACUUCUCUCGGUGCCCCAAGCAGUACAAGCAUUACUGCAUCAAAGGGAGAUGCCGCUUCGUGGUGGCUGAGCAGACGCCCUCCUGCGUCUGUGAUGAUGGCUACACUGGGGCAAGGUGUGAGAGAGUUGACUUGUUUUACCUAAGAGGAGAUAGAGGACAGAUUUUGGUGAUUUGUUUGAUAGCAGUUAUGGUAAUUUUUAUCAUUCUGGUCAUCGGUGUCUGCACAUGCUGUCAUCCUCUUCAGAAACGUCGUAAAAGAAAGAAGGAGGAAGAAGAAAUGGAAACUCUGGGUAAAGAUAUAACUCCUCUAAGUGAAGACAUUCAAGAGACUAAUAUUGCUUGAUGGCUAUGAAGGUACCUCCAGGCUGGUGGCAAGCUGCAAAAGGCCUUGCUCAUUUGCAAAUGGACAGAACGUGUCUCAGGAAAACAGCUAGUAGAAAUGAAUUUUAAAUAAUGUAUUUACUUUUUAUUUGUAACUUUAGUUCAUGUUGUUCGUUAUUUUUAAAUUUUAUUAUUGUCUAAUAUUGGGGGAAAAGUGCCCAGUU